AUGAGAAGACUGCCAAAGGCAUCAACAUGGGCGGGAUCUAGCCUCCGCUGUGCUGCCAUUGGACGUGUGGUACCAGCAGGGGCAUGUACUAUACCACUCCCGCCCAUUUUCACCCGGAGGACUCUACAUCGCCACGGAGAAUCCCAGCGUUCUCUAUUCUCCACUAGCCCUCCUAAAGCGUCGCCACAAGGAGAGAUAGGAUGCGAAAUCAAACCCAUACCCUCCACACCAGGGUCAACAACAACUACGGGAACUGUCGCGACCAUCACAAUCAACAACGCGGCGCGCCUCAACAGCCUGAACAGCACACUCAUCUCCCAACUGACAUCGACGCUCCAAACACUCGCAUCUCCCAAAUACCGCCCGACCCUCCGCGUCACAAUCAUCAAAGGCUCGCACCCACCUGACUCCCCCAAAACCCCGGCCUUCACCUCCGGGGCCGACAUCUACGAGAUGAGCGCGCUGCAAGACGCAUCCGCCGCGAGAACAUUCAUCUCCAACCUUGCCACGCUGUGCGAAACCUUCCGCACGCUGCCGUGCCUCACGGUCGCGCAGAUCCACGGCCUGUGUCUGGGCGGGGGCCUCGAGCUGGCCGCGUGCGCGGACUUCCGGUACGCGACAGCUGCCUCGUCGUUCAGCAUGCCCGAGACGAAGUACGGGAUCCCCUCCGUCAUCCAUGCGCGCCUGCUGCCGGAUCUGAUCGGCUGGCAGCGCGCGAGGGAGAUGGUGUAUCUCGCGCGGUUCUACGGCGCGAGUGAGAUGCGUGAGUGGGGCUUGGUGGAUAGGCUGUGUGCUGACGAGGAGGAGCUGGAGUCGCAGGUGCAUGGGUUGGUGAGGGAGGUGGCCAGGCAUGGCGUGCGGGCGAUGCGGGUGCAGAAGGAGUUGGUGCGGGUUUGGGGAGAGGAGGAUCUCAAGACGGGUAUUGAGAGGGGGGUCGAGAGUUUCGCCACCAUGUUUCGCGACGGUGCCCAGGAGCCCAGGCUCUAUAUGAAGGAGUUUACGGGAAGGAAGAAGCUGAAGGAGGCGGGUGGCAAGGGAUCGUGA